CUAGGUAUGUCACCAUGAAGAGCCUGAAGGCCAAAUUUAAGAGGAGUGAGAGUCCUGAGUGGGGUCGUUUGGAUGACAAGCUGAUGUCUGCUGUGACCUGUAAUGAAUCAGACAAAGUUGAAUCUCUGCUCACGAAGAAGAGGCUAAUGCCCCACAAACUUGGCCCAUCAGGCAGAUCAGCCCUUCACACAGCUGCAGCUCUUGGACAUGUGGAAUGUCUUGAUGUCAUUUUGGCUCACCAAACCCAAUUGCUUGUUCCAGACCAAGAAGGCCAGCCUGCUUUGCAUCUUGCUGCACAGAAUGGACAUACUGAGUGUGUUGUCAGGAUCCUACAGAAAGACUGUCCAGUGGAUCUAUCUGACAGUCAUGGCAGAACAUCCCUUCAUCAUGCAGCUGUCAGUGGAAAUCUUACCUGUGCUGAGAUCCUCUGUGACUUUCAGGUUCCCAUCAACAAAAAAGAUAAAGACGGCUCAUCCGCUCUUUCUUUGGCUGCCCAAAUGAGCUAUGGGGAUAUGUGCCAGCUACUUUUGCGGAGAGGAGCUGAUGUAAACAGUAGGGACCUUCAAGGUCGGACACCUCUAAUGCUGUGUUGUGAAGGGGGCAGCACUCAAACUGCUCAGCUUCUUCUAAGGGCUGGGGCAGAGAUCAACCUUUUGGAUUCAAUGGGGCAUGAUGCUCUGCAUUAUAGCAAAGCUAGAGGGACUAGCCAUAUGCAGAAAAUACUACAAGGUACCUUACAGGUCAAAGGGGAUGUGAGCCAGGGACUGAACACUGAACAAAUUAAAGGAAACAAAAGUAAGAAUAAAAAUUGCACUGCUAAGAAGAGACAGGCUCCAGCACCACCUACUGCAUCUAUGCAGCCUCCAGAGCCUCUUAUACAGGAUUCCAAAGAAAAAAAGAGCGAAAGAGGAAGAGAGAAAACACGGGUGAAACCAGAAAGAAAGAGUAAAGAGCCAAAAUAUUCCUCUACCCACAAAGCAGAUACUCCUGUUUCUCAAGAGCAGAAUGUUGCUCUCAAUGAACAGCUUAACACAAAUCACCAAGAGCCUAUCACACCUUCAGAUGAAGAAAAAUGUGUCCCUGACUGUGUAGGACAGGACCUAGCAGUCAUUUCUGAAGAGCGAGAUGAGUACCCACAGGUAAUCAAAAGGGAAGAAAGUGUUAUAUCCACCACUGAGGAAAACAUCAAUUGCUCUGUCAACCAGAGCAAUAAAGGUUGCCAGAAUAAUGGGUUAAAUGUCUCUCAGAAAGAAAACAUUUAUUGCGAUCCAGAACAGGAGGCAGCAGACCAAGAUCUCCAGCAGAUAAAAGAUCUUAAUAAUGAGCAAAUUGAUCAACCAGACAAGGAAGAUGACUUCCAGGUCACAUCUGAAACUGAUGAAUACAAUGACGACAAAAAUACAUCACAGGAUCCAUGUACAGUACAGAAUACUUCACCUGUCCAGGAAGAGAUCAUCUCUGAUCAGAGUGAACUUACGGAAGCACUGAACUUUCAAGAUAUUAUUGCAUCUGAUACCAAUUGCCUACAGGAACAUUAUAUUACCUUGGAACCUGAUUCAUACCAAGAUCAAAUAAAGUUUCAACAGGAUGUUACACAGUUAGCAGAGGAUGAUUCUGCUAUACAAACAGAUUUUGAAACAGGAUCCCUACAGGAAAUAGACACCCUAAAGAAACAAAUGCAGAAGCUGAGAGCAGAAAAUCAGGAGUUAAAAGAUAAAAUACAGAUACUUGAAAAUUAUGAGCGGGAUGAAAGUGAUAUGGAAAAUUCUUCAGACUUUAUUCCACUCAUCUUGUAUGACUCCCUUCAGAGUCAAUAUAUGCUUCUGCAAGAGCAGCUUAAAGAAACCCAGAAUGAGCUGCAUGGUUUGCAAAGUUCCACAGAGCAACUGUCCUCUCCCUCUUGCAAACUGAUCCCUGCUGAUGCUUAUGAACAGCUCCGUAUUGAGCAUGAAGCUCUGAAACAAUCCUUUAAGAAGCAACAGACCGCAAAGGGUCUAGAGCAGAUUAAGAAUGAGGAGGAACUGCAAAAUAUGGUGGAAGCUAGUAGGCUGCUACAGUGUGAGAAAAGAUGUAAAGAAUUGGAGGAAAAAUUAAAGAAGCUGCAAGACUAUAAGAAGCAAUGCAAAGAUAUGCAGAAAGACCUGAAGAAGCUACAAGACAGUGAAGAGAGGUGCAGGCAACUGCAAGAGGAAGUUCAAACACUUGAUGAAAAUAAAAAACAGUGCAAACAAACUGAUGAGGUUUUGGAGAAACUGCUGGAAAAGGAGGAACACUGUCAAAUGUUGCAAGAAGAAGUAAGGAGACUUCAUGAACAAAUUGAAAUGGGAAUUCUUAGCACAGAGGAUGCAAAUAAAGGCAUGGUAAAACAAGAUGAAAAACAAAAGUAUAAUGAAUGUAAAGAUAGUGCAGAGGAAAAAAGCAGUAAGGACCAACUGAGAGAGGACCAGGAGCAGCAGAAAGAGCUUCUGGAGACAUUAUCUCAAAGGGAUCAACAUAUUCAACAACUAAAAGAGGAGUUUGAAGAUGCAAUGGGCUUAGUUCAGAGUGAAAUGAAAAGGAGAGAAACUGUGGAGGCUCUUUGCAAACAAAGAGAGGAUGAACUAAAGAAACUCAGAGACAGACAGGAAGAAGAGAACAAGAAGAUGCAAUAUAUUUGUGAACAGAGAGAUAUUUUGCAGAAAGAAGCACAAGAGUUACGGGAUCAGUUAGAAAAAUGUAAUUAUGCAGAUGCUAAGAUGCAAAAUAUAGAGACAGGAUCCUUGCAACAAACACAAGAGCAAUUGGAACAGACACAAGAACAUCUCUCUGUUGCUCUGCAGGAACUGAAAAGCCUUCGUGAGAAUGCGGUGCCCAUGCAGGUGCAUCGCCAAGAGCAAGAAUCACUAACUUGUGAAGUGCAGGAUCUAAAGAUUAAAGUUAGACAACUAGAGCAAAAACUACAGAGCCGGGAACGGGAAACAGAGAAGCUGCAACAUGAACUGGAUGCUGUGCAGGCUGCAGAUCAAACAAAUGAAGCACUGAAAAAUGAAGUGGCAUCCUUGACACAAAAACUGAGUGAACUAAGCAAACGGCAUGAGCGGACAAGUGUGGAAGUCUUCCAGGUUCAGAGGGAGGCCCUUUUUAUGAAAAGUGAAAAACAAGCAGCCGAGGAACAGCUGGAAAAAGUACAGAAACAGCUGGAAAUUGUCACAGGGCAGAUGCAGCACAUACAGGAGAAAGGCCAUGUAAAGUCAGAGCUUCCUGUAGAAAAGGAACAAAGGAUCUCAGAAUUAUCCCAAGAAAUUCUUCUACUGAAAGAGGCUUUGAACAGUCAAGGAGACCAGACCAACCUGGAACAAGAACUGAAGCGACUCAGAGAACAGAGGAAGGGUGAUCAGCAAGAGCAGCAUAGAAUGCAAAAGGAACAAACGAGUUUGCAGCACAAAUUGAAAACCAUUGAACAGAAACACAGAGAAUCUGAGACACAUCACAAAUCAGUCAUUGAAACAUACAGAACUCACCUACUUUGUGCAGUGCAGGGUCAGAUGAAUGAGGAUGCCCUAAGAAUUUUGCAGCAAAUCCUAAAAAUGAGGCUUAAUCACUGAUAACGCAAUUGUGAACCAAUGAAAGCUUUGAGGAAAAAAAGAAAAAUGUACUCUCUUUGUGCUCUUUUCCAUGUUGCAUGGAGCCUUGUAGCCAGAAAAGAAGGUAUACAAGGAUACAAAAUGAACUCUUCAUUACAGAUUUCUGACAGUAACUGUAAGGCAGAGAUUAUGCCAAU